AUUACAAAUAUUUUCACUGUAAAAAACAAAAAGAAAUAUGAUUUUUCAAUUCACCUAAUACAAGUACUGUAGUGCAAUCUCUUUAUCAUGAAAGUUGAACUUUUUUUAACUGUGAUUAAGUUUUUGAGUUAAUCACAUGAGUUAACUGUGAUUAGUCGACAGCCCUACUGAUUAUGGUUCGGGUUUAAUGGGUGAUAACUAAUUGAAUUGUUGUUCUUAGUACUUAAACAACUUGUUUUUGUCUGAUUUUUGAAAUUUAACUUUAGAGCUGCUUGUUAGAACUGCCACAGGUGCUCCCUUAAUUCUACUGGGGAACAUAUUUGAUUAGAAAGGGAUAAGAAUCAGCACUAAAGGAUUCAUAGUUCCAUGUUGGUACCAAGUAUAGUAGAGAAUUGGGGUAAAGUUUGCCUAUGUAACAAAAAUGUGAUAAGGCCUGUAAAGGAAUUGAUGUGAUUUGUUAUUACUUGGUCAAUUCUAACAUCGCAUCAUGAAUUCAUUUUUAUAAAUUUUAUAAACAUGAAUACACAACCACCUUCCUUUUGCUUUCUGUAUUUUCUUAAUUGCGUUCAGUUCUAUUUUGGCUAAUAAAAUACAAAAAUGCGUGAUAAUUCUGCAUUCUGUACUUUGGCUAAGGAGAAAGCGAUUACCACGAGAAACCUAAUUUAAAACACUGGAAAAUUAAAAUUAGUUACAAAACACUUGUUUGUAAAUUGUACUUUGCCUCACAAUUAUAGUUCUCUGAAAUCCUCCAUGUCUGUCUAUGCAGCUGUAUAGCUAACAAUCAUUAUUAUUAAGAGAUUACAUAACACAUAAAUGUCAUUUGGAUUAAAAUAAUAUUUCUAAAGCUCAGUAUUUCCCCAUGACCUAUAAAUAUAGGGACUCAGUUUCUUCUCUGUCUUUGUGUCUCUUCUCUCCAGUGACACUGAGUUCCUGGCAACCUUCAGCCAUGAAGAUCCUUUAUCUGCUCUUUGCUGUCGUCUUUCUGGUGCACCAGGGUGCAAUCGAAUUCUCCCAGGCUCAGAAUCUCAACAGGAGAUGUGUAGAACAGGGGGGUACCUGUUACUAUCUGAGAUGUCCCCAAUUUAUUAGGACAGUCCUUGGAAGAUGCUACAAUCGUGGUGUUUGCUGUGGAAGGGGACUGUUCUGAUUGUCUAGACAGGAACUCUGGGAAUCUGUGAGACAUCCACUUGCUUCUAAAAUCAUUGGAUCCUGCUUCAAGGGAACUCUGAAGUACUGUUUGUUUUGGCUCUAAAGAACCUUGUGAGCUGGAGAAAUUACAGAAGGGAGCCCUUGUAUCCUCCAUAUAAGAUUUGUUACCUUCCUUUUAAUAAAAGCAAGUUGGUUUGAGAUAAUCUUGCUGAAGUAAGUGUGUGUGUGUGUGUGUG